UUUUUUUUUUUUAUGUAUGGUUUUAUGAAUCGAUGGUAGUAUCAUCAUGUCCUAUCUGUCAUUCUACAAAGAUUACAUAUGAAUAUGAAUCCCAGUCUUAUUGUUGCUCAGAUUGUGGAGCCUUACUCGAACUUUCUCUUAAUCCUGACAACACUAUCACCAGCGAUGAUCUAGAUCAAAAUGAACCUUCCUCCUCAAGUAACAAAUCUCAUGGACAAUCAACGCAAACAAAAGCAGCAUUUAGAUAUUCCAUGCGUGAACCUUUAUUCUUACGUAUGGUACAGGCCAAAUUCUUACCUUUAGUUCAAUCCUUCCAAAUCAAGUUCCAGGCAACUGAUGAAGAAGCAGCUUAUGUUUACGAUUUGUGUUUUUCUUACUUGACUCAUCCUCGUCAUGUGUACUCCCGCAGUAAAUUGGAAAUUGUGCUUUGUCUUUACUAUCUAGUGGUUCUACAGUUCCGUGAAGAUCAGUCUCUAUUACUGCCUGAAUAUUGUACUCUUGCCAAUGCCAAUGUUGACCAUUGUUUAAGGAUUUAUAAUGCGAUGCGGUCCAUUCUUUCGUCCAAGUUUACCUUUAUCCCUCGUGAAUAUGAUCCAUUACAUCAACUCAACCAUAUUAUGAAUGACAUUUAUCCCAUCCUUUUGACUUCUACCACUUGCUCAUCCACAACACCGCAGCAUCGACAGGAUGAUAUUUUAGAAGAAGACACAUCACCUUUCUUUCAAUUCCGAUCGAAAGUACGACCAAAAGGAAAACGAAAACAGACUAACGAAGAAUACUUUAUGGAUAAAAAACGGAAAAAAACAUCAACAACGUUGUCACGGACGGAACGAACUACGGUGACGUGGCGCAUGCAUUUGGAAUCCAACAAGUCAAAAGUACGAGAACAAACAAAGCAAUUGAUGAAAGGAGCCAAACGGAAUGGAAUGGCAGAUGGGAGGAAAGGUCGACCUUUGGCGAUUGCUUGUCUUAUGGUAGCAAUACUCCAUCAACUUUAUCAACAUCAUCAACAUCAACAUACAUUACAUAGUCCAACAACAUUGUCACUUCAUAUUCUUGUUCGAUGGGAUUCGGUGGCUUCUUGUCCUGGUAUUGGGUGUUCUUUGUUCACAUUGAAGCAACGGUUCUACGAUUUGUUGGAUUGUCUUCAUACAUUUGGGAAAUUACUACCUUGGGUGAAGAAACAUGCAACAAAACAAGAUCAUGGUAUUUUACUGUAUUUGGACGAUAUUCUUCCUAUUUUUUGCCAGGGACAGGAAGACAACUCGCAGGAUUCUCCAUCUUUAUAUACCACUCCUCCUCCAUCAUCAUCAAAUAUACCCGAUGAGACUUGUAUUUCAAGUGGAUUCACUCUCUUACCUCCUGCAUUCCUACGUGCUGAAUCAUUACGACAAAAACGUCAAUUACAAUUAGAAUGGAUAGACCGACAUCAAGAUGGAUUAGAUGAUAAGGAAGAGGAAACGUCAUUAGGAAACGAUAGAACGACACAUAUGGUGGCCGAUCUUCUAUCAAGUCAACAAUGGGAUAGGGAAGCAAUCAUCUCCAUGAAAAAUAACGAACUUGUAUUACACACCUAUCGACUUGGCUUACAGACUCGAGCUAGAUUGGAUUUGGAUAGACAACCAUUGGAUGAAGAUGAUUUAUCCAAAGAAGAAGAAGAGGCUUAUUUAUUAGAUUAAGUUUAG